AUGGACUUCUUGAAGGCGUACACGGCAAUCAGCACGUUAUCCAUUCUGGCAGUGGACGACAACACCGAGUUAUGCGUAGACUUCUACGCAUUUAAGGUAGAGAACAACAACGCCGUCGCUUCGAAGUACGUCCGAUGCCCGGGCAAUUCCACCGUCGUGACUGAUUUCGCGUAAGUUGUAUUGGUUGUUUCUUUUACUUGAGUUGAGUAUCUUCUUUGAGUGUUUAUGUUUGCCACAGUAAAGUUUUCUAUUGGUGAAUUUAGUUUUUUCAGUAAGUACAAGCUGCAUUCCACCUUUAAUUAUACGAAGCAUAUGAUUGUGCCUCAAAGUACUGAUGUUGGCACAGUCCUCCACGUUGGGGAGUACGUGCAGCUGUAAGUAUAGUUGCGUGAAUACUUUUAUAAAUUUUUAAAAUUUGUAGUUUUGCAAUUUAAAAUCAUUAAUUUUCAUUGUUUAGGAGCCAGACGCAAGUAACAUUCACGUUGGCAUCUAACGGACGUGAUCCGAAGUUUUUGGGUUUCGUCAGAAAACGGUCUGACGAUGUCCAAGCCAGUUCAUCACCGGGUUAUGUGUUCUACCAGAGGUGUGCUCUUAUGGAUGCGUUUUGUUUUCCGAUUUCGGCUCCUGAUUCGAUUAAAUCGGCGGAUUUUGGCUCUCUGAAGGUUUGCGGUUUGACAUUCGGCCACACUUCAGAUGGUCUGAUUUGGGAAGGUCAGGGUCAAUGUCUGAAGCUGGUUGAUGACGGAAAACUUCCUAUUAUGAAGGCCGAGUCUUGCCCGACGGUGGAUAAAGUCAUGUUUAGCAUGGUAAGACUUUUUAAUAUAUUUUUUAAAAAUAUUAUUUUUUAAAUAAAUACAGCUAAAGUAAGGUAGAGCCAACGUGGAGUAAUAUUCUGAGUAGAGAUCAAAAAAUUUUGAAUUUUAGACGGCUUUGAAGAACCGCGACCCCUCGACCCAAGGCGACCUCACUGACGCCCAACUCGACACAACCUUGGCCCUCUUGUAUCUAAAGUAAGUUGACAGUUACUGUAACUUUAUCUAUUGAUUUUGGCUUUUGGAAAUGUAACGUCAGUCCUUAUAUUACUUUGUGUUGGGCUUAUGUUUUGUAAUUUUUGUACGAAAUUUGAUAAAAUGGAAAUGGUUUAGCUGGAAUUUAAUAUUUUUCCAAUUUUAGAGAGAAACCACUGACUACAACUACUGAGCUUGAGGAGGAAACGACUACUACCGAAGCCAAUGCUACUACUCAAGUGGUUGACAUUGUUACCGAGUCCGAGUGAGUUUAGUAUGAGGUUCUGGAAAAUUUUUGAGGCUAAUGAAGAAUUGUUUUUAGUUAUAUGUUGUCAAUUCUCACAAUGUGAAGUUAUUCACGCUUUUUUUAAAUGUAAAUUUCAAAAACUAAACUUAGAGUUUCUAAACUCAAGCAUAGUUUUACCACACCUUAUUUCAGCAGUUCACUCCCCCUUUGGCAAAUCGGUUUGAUUAUUGGUUUUGUUCUCGCAGUGCUGCUUCUUGUCCUAGCUGGAGUCUACUGCUACUGCAGGAAGAAGGGCCAGAAUACUCCGCCAGGCUCGGGAACUCCAAGUGACACGCCAGUUGCCGGGACGCCGAACGCAGAGGACAAGGCUUCAAAAAAGGAAAGAAAGACCAAUUCCAAGUCGUCCAGUUCGAAACUCUCCAACUCCAAGUCUUCCAAUCCCACGAAGUCCGGCAAGAAGUCCAAAAAGGUCUUUCUGAUUUACCUCAAUGAAAGUGGUCCAAAUAAAUCUGCUAAAUCUUAG